AUGGGACCUAUGUUUCCCCUGUUCGCCGCUGAAUUCCACCUCAACGACACGCAGCUGAGUUUGUUGACUGGAGCUUGUGUUCUCGCUCUUGGCUUUGCAAAUUUUAUCAUCGUUCCCUGCUCGAAUACCUUUGGACGACGCUUGACAAGUCUCAUCUUUUGCUUGCUCGGCAUUACUUCGUGUAUAUGGCAAGCUUUGGCUACCUCAUAUACCAGCAUGCUCGCUGCCCGUGUUAUAAAUGGGAUUGCUACGGCUACCAGUGAGACACUCUUGGUACAAGUUGUGGCAGAUAUGCUCUUUCUCCAUGAGAGGGGUCUUUGGACUGGUGUUUACUUCAUGGGCUACUUCCUCGGUCUUUUCAUUGGCCCUGUCAUCUCCGGUAAUGUUGCGCAAAGAUACGGCUGGCGUAGCUUCUUCUGGCUCUCUCUAGCGCUGACUUGCUUCAACUUCAUCACUCUCUUGAUCUGUUUCCCUGAAACCCGUUUUCGCAGGGACUCAACCUCAGAGUUCUCGAAGCACAGAGCAACUAGGUCCUCCGGCCAAAGCAUCAAACAACGGGACGCAGAGGUAGAAUCUGAACAACUCGAGAACAUCGAGCGAGCCAUUACCGUUGGCACUGGCCGGCCCUCUAAGUCCCAGUUUAAAUUGUGGCAAGCCCCGGAAGCGGCAUGGAAAGCAAUUCUUCUACGGGAUAUUAUCACGCCAUUCCGCCUGUUUUUCUUUCCUAUUAUCCUCUGGGCGGGGCUGAACGUCGCCGGACCAGCAAAUAUCCUCCUUUUCUGGAACCUUACGGAAUCUUCUGUCCUCAGCGCACCCCCAUAUAAUUUCUCGCCAUCUAGUGUGGGAUAUGCGAAUUUCGCAUUUGUCGUUGGCGGCUUGAUUGGACUUGCUACCGCGGGCCCGCUCUCGGAUUGGGUUGCUGUGCGCGCUACAAAGCGCAAUAAUGGCAUUCGAGAAGCAGAGAUGCGGUUGCCAGCUCUUAUUCCCUAUCUCUUUAUUACCGUUGUUGGUAUUGUGGUUGGUGGCGUGGGCUAUGAUCGGCUUUGGGAUUGGCCUGUGGUCCUGGUUGUUGGGUAUGGCUUCAGCGGGGUUUGCGUGACCGCCGUUCCUACAAUCGCCAUUGCCUAUGCUGUUGAUUGCUACAAACCCAUUUCUGGGGAGAUCAUGGUUGUUGCAACUGUGGUCAAGAAUACUUGUGGUUUUGUGAUGAGCUAUUGGGUUAUGCCUAUGGCAGCGCGAAGGGGCUUUUUGGCGCCUGCCAUGGUUGAGUUCGCGCUGACGAUAGGGCCGAUGGUCCUGGGACUUCCGAUCUAUUUCCUUGGAAAGCGUCUGCGCAGGUUGACGAGAAAUUCGACUGUGUACGCGUAUGGAAAUUGA